AUGGCCGAAUUAUCACAACACGAAGCUAGCAUCAUCGAAUCAAAUCCUCUAGCCUCCCUUGAUCGUGUACGUGGUCUAUUGCAGGAGGCAGAGCAGGUUUACGAAUCGCGCAUAACUUCUUAUAAUGGCUCCGCAGAUGGUCUGGAUCUGCUUUAUCGAAAGACGAUAUCAAGGCUGUUUACUGCGCUUCAAGGCGAGGAAGCGGCCUUCAAUCUUCACUCGCGAACUGCGGACCAAACCGUCGAUUCUGAGCUAGCAGAAUUAAAAGGGAAACAACUUCAGCCUGGUCAUUUCAACUACAGUCAAUAUCGACCUCUAGUUCAGCUCGUCAUUCAGAGAGCACUUGACACUGAAAUCUGGGAAGCAGUCUAUACUCUCCUUGACGCAAUCUCACCAACGAGGACACCGCCGAGUAUACCUCUGCCGUUCUAUGGCAUGCCAGCCAGAUUUCUAUCAUCAUCGUCAUCAUCGUCAUCAUCAUGGUCGAGAGUGUCAGAACAAACUCAUGAGCUUGUGGAAGCAAGGCUCUUUGAAGAAAUCCGAGAGUGCACCCACAAAGAUGUCGAGGGGUUUUUCUCAAAAUACUUCGAGGGGAAAGACUGGAACGCGCAGGCGGAAGCUGUAUCUCGUCGCAUGCUCGACCCUGGGGAUGAUAGUGGGUGGCCUAGCUUCCCAAACCCGCCAUCAGAGGCAGAAGCCCUAGACUGGUGGUUUGGAUUUCAGGAUAGGUUCCUCUCAGACGCACGAAGUGUAUACUUCUCUACAUCAAGCAAGGGUGAUCUCACCGGCUCUGGGGCAGACCGUCAAGUUGAUCUCCUUGUAAGAGCCCGAGGCACGAGCAAUAUCGGAGAGAAACACAACUGGAAGGAUAUCCGGGUGGUCGGUAAACUGAAACGGGCCGAGGCCGAGAUCGGGACCAAAAAGACGUUAUUACAGAUGGCUAGCUAUGUGCGGGAGGUCUUCAUUGCCCAGCCAACGCGUCGGUUUGUCCACGCAUUCAUCGUCUGCGGUCUCAAAGCGGAGGCGUGGAUAUUUGAUCGCUCGGGUCCCUUUAGCUCAGGCUCUUAUAAUAUCCAUGAAGAUCCAAAGCGGUUUUUCCUCAUGGUUGUGGGCUACACAAUGAUGAGCGACGAGGAGCUAGGGUUGGAUACCUUUAUAACGCAACGCGACGAUGGUGCCAAUACAAUCACUACUAAAGGGGCCAAAGGUGGAGAAAUAGUUAUACACCUAGAUCCGAUGCCACUCUAUUCCCGGUGUGCUAUUGUGGGUCGGGGGACUACAUCCUUUCUCGCAAAUAUCGACGAUAAGGUGCAAGGUGUGGCCAAGUUCUCGUGGACGUCGGACAAGCGUGCAGCAGAAAAGGAUCUUCUUGCCCUGGCCUAUGAAAGAGGUAUUAAGGGGGUUGCGGAGAUUGUUGGGUAUCACGAUAUCACCAGCAUUGCUGAACUUCGGGGUGAUUUGGCCUUUGAAAAGCGCCACGCCUUUCGAAGCGCACCCUCUAGCGCGAGAUCCUCUUUCAGCCAAUAUCAUUCUAAAUCUCAGUCACAGUCAUCCACUCAGCUUCGUCUAAGUGCCAGCGAAAAGCCAACGAGCAGGAAGCGCAGGUCUCCUGAUAAAGAGACGCCGUCCAAACGAUCUCGCCUGAACAGCCAGCUGUCAAAAAACGACCCGCAAGAAACUAAGCUAGAAACCGAGCUACCCUUUUCUAUUCGGUCAAUGCAUUCGCCAAGCCACUUUGAUGGGAAUAGCCAGGAGCGAGAGCCGUAUGAUAACCGCAUCCUCCGAUGUUUAGUGACCUCGCCCGCUGGCCGGCCAAUCUACGAGUAUGAUUCGCCUAUGGAACUGCUUAUGGCGUUUCGCGAUGCUAUAAGAGCGCAUCGAUCCCUUUAUCUAAAGGGUAAUAUUUUACACCAAGAUAUUUCAGAAAAUAAUAUAAUUAUAACUAAUCCGGAAAGUGCGGAUGGUAAUUUUGGUAUGCUAAUUGAUCUUGAUCUUGCUAAGGAGAUGAGUAGUGGGCAAGGAGGGGCACGUCAUCAGACUGGCACAAUGGAGUUUAUGGCAAUCGAGGUGCUACGCGGCAUUGACCAUACAUAUCGUCAUGAUCUUGAGUCAUUUCUCUACGUGUUCAUAUGGCAGUGUGCCCGUAACGGGUGGGAGCGUUUCAACCGGCGGAAAGGAAAGCCAAGACAUAGUCUGCUGGAUGAAUGGCACAUUGAAGACUAUCUGCUGGUUGCUGGUAGGAAGUCAGGUCAUAUUGGAGCUCAAAUUUUUGAGUAUCUCUUAGAUGAGAUGCCCCCAGAGCUGGAGUGCGUCAAGCCUCUAUGCAGAAUACUACGGCAAAUCCUAUUUCCUAUCCGCAAAAACGAUAUCUUCACCGGGACGCCGAUGAAGCCGGAGACACUCUACGACCCGAUCAUCCAGGCGUUUGAUAAUGCCAUUGAAAACAUCGGGUAA